CAGCCUGGCAUGGUGAGGCGAUGCCGCGCACGCCGGCCUCCAGCGAGGAGGAGGAGGGCGGUCGGGGCUCCGAGUACCCCGAGGCCGACUCGGACUCGGGGAGCUCCCGCGAGGGCCCCCCCGGAGCCGGAGCCGGCGCCAAGGCCGGGCCCCCCCGCGCCCCCCGGGGCCCCCCGCGGCCGCCGCCGGCCCCCGAGGAUCAUUUCAGCAUGAUGGUGUUCCGCAUCGGCAUCCCCGACCUGCACCAGACGAAGUGCCUGCGCUUCGACCCGGGCGCGGCGGUGUGGGCGGCCAAGCAGCAGCUGCUGUGCGCGCUGACCGAGGGGCUCCACGACGGCCUCAACUACGGCCUCUUCCAGCCCGCCGCCGCCGGCCGCGACGCCAAGUUCCUGGACGAGGAGCGCCCGCUGCGCGACUACCCCCAGAGCUUCGACCAGGGCGUGCCCUACCUCGAGUUCCGGUACAAGACCCGGGUGUACAAACAAACCAACCUGGACGAGAAACAACUGGCCAAGCUGCACACCAAGACGGGGCUGCGGAAGUUUCUGGAUUACGUCCAGCACGGCUCGGCCGAGAAGGUGGCGCGGCUGCUGGAGCGGGGGCUGGACCCCAACUACCACGACUCCGACUCGGGGGAGACGCCGCUGACGCUGGCGGCGCAGCGCGAGGGCCCGGCGGAGGUGGAGAUCAUCCGCCUGCUGUGCCUGGGCGGCGCGCACCUGGACUUCCGCGCCCGCGACGGAGCCACCGCGCUGCACCGCGCCGUCUGCACGCGGCGCUACCCCGCCCUGCUGGCGCUGCUGGACCUGGGCGGGUCCCCGAACUACAAGGACCGGCGGGGCCUGACGCCGCUGUACCACACGGCCAUGGUGGGCGGCGACCCGCGGUGCUGCGAGCUGCUGCUCUACAACCGCGCGCACAUCGGCACGGCCGACGAGAACGGCUGGCAGGAGAUCCACCAGGUGACACCCGGGUCACUGUCAUUGUCACAUUGUCACCUUGUCACCGUGUCACUGUGUCACUGUGUGACCCCGUUAUCCCAUCCCUGUGUCCCUGUGUCACCAUGUCACAUCGGCACGGCCGACGAGAACGGCUGGCAGGAGAUCCACCAGGUGACACCCGUGCCAUUGUCAUUGUCACAUUGUCACAUUGUCACCUUGUCACCGUGUCACUGUGUCACUGUGUGA